AUGGACCCCAUCUCCCACCACCUCAACCACUGGGUCCGCUUCAUCUCCCGCCUCGCGACCCUCUCCAUCUCCAUACACCAAGGCUACCACAGCGCCCGCACCACCCUCGCCAGCUUCCUCUCUCUCCUCGGCACCAUCUUUCGCGCCCUCGCCAACCUCUCCGGCUCCCUCUCCAACUCCCUCUCCCACUCCAACUUGGGCCUCGGUGCCAGUCUCGGUCUCGGCAGCAGCAGCAGCAGCAGCAGACUCCAGGCGCAGGAUCUCCUCCUCUUGCUCUGGGCUCUCCUCCGUCUGCUCCGCCAUCAUCUGCUUCGUCGUCUGCUCUGUCGUCUGGUAGGUUAUUUGCCCGUGGGCUAUCUGCCCGCUGACUUCGUGGGCUUCUUUGCGCGUGUGCGGCCUGCUCUUGAGCUGCCUGGUUGGCUUCGCCAACUGGCCUCUGCACCGCCGCCGCUGCCGCCGUUGCUUCCGUCUGCUGCUUCCCUGCCAUUUGGGCCGCCCCCGUCUGUCCUGCCGUCUGCCCCGUCAUUUGGACUACCUGGGCUGCCUGGUCUGCCAGCCAGCACGCCCUGGCAUCUUGCCAACUAUCGGCAAGGCGUUCCUUUGCCACCGCCGCCGUAUAUGCAGGGGCAGGUAUAUGGGCAGCCGACUGGAUAUUACCCUCCUCCUCCUCCUCCUCCUCCUCCUCCUGCUGCUCCUGUUCCGCCUGCUCCUUCUCUCCCGCCGUCUGUCUCGCCGUCUGCCCCGCCAUCUGCACAGCUCUAUGGGCAGCUCCCUGGCCCGCUAGCUCCGCGUGCUCCCUUUGCUCCGAUGUCUGUUCCGGCCUCUGGCCCGCCUGCUGUGCCAGCCCAAACGCCCGGGCUUCACCAACUUCGCCAGCUCCGCCAGAAACGCCAACUCCAGCAGUCACAGUCUGGGUCUGAAAGCGGAGGAGGAGGAGGAGGAGGAGGAGGAGGUACUCCUCGUUAA